UGUGAAUCGUGUUUGUAAUGCUGUAAGCUGUGGAAUUUUGCUUCAAAAGAAAAAUAGUUUAAAAUUUCAAAGUAUUACAAAGACAAUAACGUUAUUAUAAAGUUUCAGAACACUGCAUGGUUUUUGUUUUUAGACUUACAUAAUUUAAAUUUUCUAAGACUUAGGCCUAAUUCAUUGUGAAACAGAAACUUCUAUAUGCUUGUUAAAGCAUUGCAUCAUAGGCUGAGAUUUUAAUGAGUAGUUCGUUGGGAGGUAUGCUGUUAGACAUUACUUAACGUUUUCGAACAUUGGGCUCAGAUAGUUUUAAUAUCGUCUACUAUGGCUGACAAUUUUUUUGGUUUUGAUACCGAGUUCCCAACUCGGAUGAAUGUGCUUGGAAAGCUUGGAUUAGAUGAAGAAUUGUUAACGGAUAAUGUUGAAGAAGAAUAUGAUGCCCUUAAUGAUGAAACAUUUGGCCAUGCCAAUGAUGAUGAUUGGGAAACUGCCCAUGAAAAGUUGGCUGUGUUAAUAAAAAGCACUAAUGUGGAAGCUCGAUCUGUUUUCAACGAUUCUCUUUUAGAAGCUGAUGAAAGUCAAAAUGAAAUUGUGUCAAAAAGCAUUUCACAGUUGGGAAUGGAAGAUGAUUUAGAUGAUCCUGCCAUAAUGACAAUUUCAAAAAAUUACCAUUCUUCGUCUCGCCUAGCAACUCCUUUUGGACCAUCUCCUCCUCCUCCCGCUAUAUUAGAGAGUGAAAUUUGUGGAUCACCCAAGACACACUCCAUUUGGAGCACAACCCCUAAAGAUAGUGGCAUUGCUUCCUUUUUGAAGUCUAUUAGUCAUAGUUCUGAUAAUUUUCCUUACAAGGACUCCCCUGUUCCGCUCAACUCUUCUUUUGAUAACGUUUUCACUAGUCCACCCCCAAAACCAAGAGCAUUAAGAGUAGAAGAACUUGAGAAAGAUCUUUUGUCUUCAUCCAGUAAACCAUUGCAAACUUCUAGCAAGGAUUGGCCGCAUGUUCCAGUUCCUCAUUUGAAGACAAAUCAUUCUGAUAUCCCUAACAAAUCACCAUCUCUACAUUUUCCUAAUGUAAAUAAUAACUUGAAUAAAUUAAGUCAAGAAAAGAUGCUGACAAGGGAAGAGGUUGAACAACGUAUGCUUUCUGAUUCAAGAAUGCGUUUCCCCCCUAAAGCUGCACAUCCUUUUGUAUUUGGACCAAAUACUAUGCUACCUACUAAGCCAAAUAAUCUGCCUUCUCCUCUUCCACCUCAUGUGCUGCAUGUCCCGCCUCCUAUUGGCCCUCCUCUACUAGGUAAUAAUGUCCCUGUGCCAGAACGAAUACAUCCUUUUCAAGAGGAAUUAAGAAGAAGAUAUCUUGAAAACUUCAUGUCACAAAAUUGUCAACCAAUGUCAGCUCAUUUUAAUCCUGCCAAUGCCAAAAUGGUGCAGCCUUUACUACGUAAUAUGCGUGGAUAUAAUCUACCACCUCAUCCGUUAAUGCAUAAACAGUUUCAGUUCCCUUUUCCUCAAAACAACAAGCAAUAUGAAAAUCACCACCCCCAGUUUGAAAAUGAAUAUUCUCAUAAUUCUCUGGAUGUAGAAGAUGAAUAUGCUGGUCUGAUGACUCAGAAAGAAAAGGAAUGGCUUAUUCGAAUACAAAUUAUGUUACUGAAGUCUGAUAAUCCUUAUGUAGAAGAUUACUAUUUCACAACACAAGUAGCUAGGAGAUGCAGAAAAAAGUUUUUAGAAAGUGGUUUGAAAGGUGGUGGAGAUGCUCCUGAGCUUAUUCUUCCAGAAAUGUCAAAACAUGACAAGACUUAUGUGCCCACACAGUUUGCAGGAUCUUUGGGUAAACUUCAAGCAGUUAGUGUCAAUUUUCCCAGAAAAGUUCUAGAUAUCACUGUAGCUCGGUCCUUAGAAGAGGAAGAUAGCAAAACUGUUCCCAGUUUAUCUCUCAUGCGCCGCCAUCGCAGACUACUUUUUGACAUUGAAAAGAUAUAUAAUCACUUUUUGAAGAUAGAGGAUGAGGAAAGAAAAAUUCUUGCUAAACCAGAUUGUAAAGAAGCUGGCCAUCGGUCCGAAAUACUAUCAUUGAAAGAAAAAGUCUUCACUGGAUUCUUUAAUGACAGUUCAUCUGAUGAAAAUUUUCAAAAUAUUUUAGCAAUUCGAAAGGGCCGUAAUCUUUUUAUGCGAGCUUUAGAAGUGUUCAGUUUGGAGCAGCAAGUGCAUUGUCUCUCUGCUUUAUUUCGCAAUUUACCAGCAGUUCUAAAGCGAGAUCAAAAUGAUCUUGUUUUUGUUCAACACUGCAGUACGGUUGUUGACGUUGUCAACAGGUGUGAGUUAGGGUAUUUGGUUAAAUUAAGUGAAGCCCUUUGGAAAGGUAAUGAUGCAUCAGAAUUACAUUCAUCUACGAAAGACAAGAAUAGCUUCGUUGCUGUUUUGAAAAAUAAAUUUGGAUCAUCUGUGAUAUGCAGCUUACUAACAAGAUCUGAAGCUCUAUAUUGUUUUAAUGAAAAUGUUGAAUCUGAUUUGCAAUCUAGAUGGGCAAAAAUUGUGCUACAUCUGGCUGAUACCUUGUGUGAGCUGACAAACUAUACUAUUGCCCCUCCAGCAGUACCAUGCAAAAAUUUAGUAAGACAUUUCCAAAGAUUUGAUAUCACUAAGGAAAAAAUAGAAAAGCUCAAAGAAAUAUUGCUUGUGUUUGAAAUAGAUAUGAAUAACAAAGAAAAUAUAAGUAACGUUUGACAUCUUAGAAGUUCAAUAUCAGGAACACUGCAAACAUAUUAAUUUUUCUGUGAUCAGAUUUAAACCACAAUGUUAAGUUUGUUGAUGCCAAUACAGUUGUGAAAGAAUUGUUCUUUCUCACAUUUCUAAAAAUUUGUGAUUCUGUAAUUAAUAAGUUUGCCCUACUAAUGUAAAAAAAAAUGUAAAUUACUUGAUGCAAAAUAUUUUGGAUCUUUUGUACCUGAAUUGCAUGUAUAUAAUUUUUGUUUGAAUUGUUUAAUUAUUGUUGCAAUGCCUUGAAUUAUGUGACUGUGGCCAAAAAACUUUAAGGGCAGUCAAUGUUGAACAAAAAAAUAUUACUUUUGAAAGCAAGCUAAUUCAUCAUUCUGCCAUACUGUUUAAUUUCAGACUUUAAUUAGAACUUUAUUACUGCCAACGUUAAUUAAGAAAUGGUGCUUUUGAGUGUUGGUCAUGUCUUAUGACAGUUACGUAUCUCUUGGUCAGAUACUUUUAUCGGGAGAUAUUUUACUGAUUAUAGUGUUCUUCUUAAUAAUCUCAUAGUUCAAAUAUAAACUGAUAUUUUCUGUUAUUCUUUUGUUCUAGUAACAUAGAACCACUCUAUUUCAAAAUAUUUCGUGAUUGUUUUGAAGCAGCAAGUUGUUGCUAUGCAUUUAUUAUUAUUUUUUAAGAAUUUGCUUUUUAGCAUAAUUAGAAAGAAAAAUUCUGUUAUGUUUGAUUAGAAAUAAUGUAGAUAGGGUGGUGAAGUUUACAAAAACUGAAAUUUUAUCUUUUUUUUUGUCAUAAUAAUUAAAAGGGUAAGCUUUUUAAUUUGCCGCAAAUUUUUUGUAGUUUUUUUCUCUCUAAAAUGCAUUAAAUAUUUUUGGAACUUUUAGUGUUGGUACAAGGUUGUAAAUUUCAUCACAUAGCAUCAAUGUUCUAUUGAACUGCAGAUUCUAUGAGACAAAACGAGAAGUUUUGUUUGUCUUGUACUAAUUAGGCUGAGUGGAGUAUUUUGUGGGGAUUUUGAAUUUAUUUUAUACACUUUGCAAUGCUCUCAUGUAAACUGGAAAAUUUCUGAAUGAUUGAUUUUAGUGUAUCUAGUUUGAGGAAAAUAUAUUUUUUGCUAUGAUUUGCUCUGAACAGGAAAAAAAGACUUUGUGCAAAACUUUUAUUGGAACUUAACACCAUAAAUACUGCCCAGUAUCAUUUUAGUUUGAUGUUUGACUUGUGAUGUUGAUAAUUUGCUACAUGUGUUAUUGAAUAUUAUUUGUUAUGUUUAAAAAGUUUUUUUACUUGGCAAUCAAAACCAAAUUUUAAAACUAGAUCAAUGCUUCACAGAUAUUGAAUGUAAAAUUUAUAUUACUAAAUUUGUGUUUUGAUUAUUUUCUUAUGAUUUUUCUCAUCAUAUAACUAGUUCAAAACUCAACAUUGAAGAAGUGUAAAAUAAAUGUCUUUUAUUUUAAC